UUUUUAAGCUUGAAAAAUCGUGGAAGCUCUGUUUGGCAAACAGCAGAAAACAACGUUUGGUUUUGUCAGUUGCCUGCUCACUUGGCGACAUUUCCCAAGCUCCAAACCGGGUUCUUCUCUUCGGUUUAUCCGCCUCUCUCCCUCUCGAAUUCGCCUUAAAACUCGAUAGAAUAAAGGGAAACUCCCAUUCACUUGCUCCGUACAUUUCCCGCCUCCGGCAACCGUCUUCUUUCCCGGUAACAAUGUCGCAGUCCCUCAAAUUCUUCACUCCCUCCCGUUCUCCUUAUCUCACAAUCUCGAAACUUCCGGCAACGUCCUAUACCCGGUUCCCGGUAAUUAACCUCCCGAGCAAAAAGCACUCCAUCACGAUCACGAAAUCUUUAUCUUCGGAUCUCGAUGCCACGUCAUCGCAAGUCCUGGCUUCUGGAAACGGCCAGAGCGGAGUUUCGGGGGUUUUAUCGGCGGACAACGUGGGGUCGGUUCUUUCUCAUGCGCCGUCGGAUUCGGGAGCGGCGGCGAUCGAAGUGGACGCCGUGACGGAGGCGGAGCUGAAGGAGAAUGGAUUCCGGAGCACGAGGCGGACGAAGCUUGUCUGCACAAUUGGUCCAGCCACGUGCGGGUUCGAGCAGCUGGAAGCGUUGGCUGUGGGAGGAAUGAACGUAGCUCGAAUCAACAUGUGCCACGGCACUCGUGAGUGGCAUCAAAGAGUGAUCGAACGCGUGAGAAGACUCAACGAAGAGAAAGGCUUCGCCGUCGCUAUUAUGAUGGAUACUGAAGGUAGCGAGAUUCACAUGGGUGAUCUUGGUGGCGCUGCCUCCGCCAAAGCUGAGGAUGGUGAAAUCUGGACAUUUAGUGUUAGAGCUUUCGGAUCACCCCGGCCAGAGCGUACAAUUAAUGUAAAUUAUGACGGUUUUGCUGAAGAUGUCAAAGUCGGGGAUGAACUUUUGGUUGAUGGUGGGAUGGUGAGGUUUGAGGUGAUUGAGAAGAUUGGUCCUGAUGUUAAGUGUAGGUGUACUGAUCCCGGCUUGUUGCUUCCGCGAGCUAACUUGACUUUCUGGAGGGAUGGGAGUCUUGUUCGCGAGCGUAAUGCUAUGCUUCCUACCAUUUCUUCCAAGGAUUGGUUGGACAUUGAUUUUGGGAUAGCAGAAGGUGUUGAUUUUAUUGCAAUAUCCUUUGUCAAAUCUGCAGAAGUGAUUAAUCAUCUUAAAAGCUACAUUGCUGCAAGGUCACGUGGUAGUGACAUAGCUGUCAUUGCAAAGAUAGAGAGUAUUGACUCAUUAAAGAACUUGGAAGACAUUAUCCAAGCAUCAGAUGGAGCUAUGGUUGCAAGAGGAGACUUGGGUGCUCAGAUACCUUUGGAACAGGUUCCAUCAGCCCAGCAAAGGAUCGUCCAGCUAUGCAGGCAGCUAAAUAAGCCAGUGAUCGUUGCCUCCCAGCUACUUGAAUCAAUGAUUGAAUACCCUACACCCACUCGAGCUGAAGUUGCUGAUGUUUCUGAAGCGGUGAGGCAGCGAGCUGAUGCUUUAAUGCUCUCUGGUGAGUCAGCUAUGGGGCAAUUCCCCGAAAAGGCAUUGGCUGUUCUGAGAAGUGUUAGUGUGAGAAUAGAGAAGUGGUGGAGGGAGGAAAAACGCCAUGAGGCUAUGGAACUGCCAGAUGUAGGAACUUCAUUUGCAGAUAGUAUCUCAGAAGAGAUUUGUAAUUCUGCAGCCAAAAUGGCUAACAAUUUAGAGGUGGAUGCCCUUUUUGUUUACACGAAGACAGGCCACAUGGCAUCUCUUCUAUCACGUUGUCGACCAGAUUGCCCGAUCUUUGCUUUUACAACCACAACUUCUGUCCGCAGGCGUUUGAACCUACAGUGGGGUCUGAUACCCUUCCGUCUGAGCUUCUCGGAUGAUAUGGAAAGCAACCUUAACAAGACUUUCUCCUUACUCAAGGCUAGGGGAAUGAUCAAAUCAGGUGACCUUGUAAUUGCUGUCUCAGACAUGUUGCAGUCCAUCCAAGUCAUGAAUGUUCCUUGAAAACUCAGUAUGAUUCAGAUUCUGGUCAUUUUUCAACCCUGCCUCUAGACUGUUUUUAUCUAUUAAACUUCCUGCACCCUUCACUAUCAGUUCAACUUGAUUACUGUUAGAAAGAAAUUUAUUGCCAGAGGAAAAUGAAGAGCAAUCACAAUCAGUUCAACUACCGCCCAUGCCUCUUAGCAGCAAGGACAGCAGCGAAAUCUACAUUAUAAGGUACAUCUCACAGUUUUCUACUUUAGAUGUUUCAUGGUGUUGUGGUUGGGGCAUGCCAGCACAAUUUAUAAUGCAUUUAUUUCACUUUGAUAGUGUUAUAAAAUGUAGUCCUGAACCUGAAAGGCAGAGCUGUAAUUUUCUUCAGUCUGUUUGAUGAUUGUCUUGGGAUUUCAAAGGCAAACGGAGCUCAUGUAUGUUAGUAUUUUUGUUAUUCACCUAGAAUUUAUGUUUAAUAAAACUGUUUGUUUUCAAUCUAUGUAUGCC